AUGGGCGCGGAGGCGUGCCAGGGUGCGUCGUCGUCAUCAGCGUCGCCGGAGCUGGUGCGCGAGCAAAAGUGCUACGAGUACUUCCCGCACCGCCUCGCCGCUGAUCCCUACUGGAAGGAGAUCAUGCCCUCCUAUAGGCGGCUUAAUCCCAACGAACUGCCGGCCGAGUAUGCCGAUGGAUUCGUGGUGGACGCGCUGGUGGUCGAAGUGCCUCAGCUGCUGGCACAGCUCAGGGAGGUGCACGACUUGCGCGAGGCAUUCCACGAAUUCGACGUCGUGAUCAACUGCACCGGCAUCGGAUCCCGCUGGCUGUGCAACGACCCACACGUCUAUCCCCUCCGUGGGCAGAUACUGCGCGUGCGGCAGGUCGGCUGCGACCGAACGGUGAGCGACGAGGAAGGACCCAACUGCUUGGGCUACUUCAUCAGCAGGCAGAACGACAUCAUCCUGGGCGGCACCGCCAUCAAGGGUAUCGGCUCCCUUACCAUUGUGGUGGGUGACGACUGGUCGACCAACGUGGACGAACGUACCACGGAGGAGAUUCUGCGCAAGGUAGAGAACCUGUCGGUGGGCAAGCUCCAGAAGAAGGACCUCGAGGUGCUCGAGGUGCUGGUUGGACUUCGGCCGGCCAGAACGGAGGUGCGUCUGGAGAAGGAGGAGUUCUCCCACGGCGCAGCCAAGAAGACUGUCAUCCACAACUACGGCCACGGCGGAAGCGGAUUCACCGUCGCGUGGGGGUGCGCCGAGGAAGUGGUCUCGCUCGUGCAGAGCGCGCUGCUGCCCGACGCCAGGCCGCACACGCCCGCCCACAGCAACCUCUGA